GAAAUCGAUAUAUCAUUAAGUUCUCGUUAAGCCACCGAAAAGACCGAAUUGUAAGUGAAGUUUCUAUUAAUUCCCUCGGAAUGUGUUUCAAAUAGGUGCUUACCAGCGUGAACUUGAUUGGUAAAACCAUCCCCUGAAGAAAAGCGGAUUAUUUUGAGUUCUGGUCAAAUUCAACAUGCGGUUGCUACUACCGCUGGCCGUUUUGGCAGUGAUCUGCCUAGUGCCACACACAACCCUUGCCCAAGGGGCCGACAAUUUGGAAGACAACGAUUUUGCCGAGUUCGAAGAUUUCGAUGAUGAAGACUUUGUCGUCGCUGACGCACAGCAGGGACCGCCCGUCGGCGGUGGCCAACAGCAAGCCGCUGCACCCGGUGCACAAGUAAUGGCCGGAAAUGGCCAACCAAAGGGUCAGCCAAAGAAGGAAGUGAACGACAACGAAGACUUCAUGGAGAUCGAUGACGACCAGGACGACGAGGACGCCAUCGUGGAGGACGAGGAUAACGAGUUUGAGCAUUUCCAGGACGAGGAAGAGUUCGAGGGUUUCGCAAGCACCAUCGGUGACCAGGAUGAUCUGCGAGCGGGAGGUCCGGCCGGAGGUGCCGGUGGGAAGCAGGCCGAACCGAAGCUGACCAUCCCGAAGGUACCGAUCCAUUUCCGGACCCACUGGGACUCGUACUGGAUGGAGAUGCUGAUGCUGGCCGGCUUGAUGGCCUACUUUGCCAACUAUCUGGUGGGCAACAAGAAGAACUCCGCCAUUGCCAACCAGUGGCUCUCGAUACACAAGACGCUACUCGAGGACAACUUUGCCCUGGUCGGUGACGAUGGCAAAAAGGAAACGGAAGGGUCCACCUUUAGCUUUAACAAGGAAAGCGAAAGUGUGUACACGCUGUGGUGCAGCGGACGGACCUGCUGCGAGGGCAUGCUGGUCGAGCUGAAGAUGAUCAAGCGGCAAGAUCUGGUGUCGCUGAUAGCUGGAAUUAUGAAGCCGGUUCAGGAUCAGCUGCAUAUCAAGGUCGAACUGUCGGCGGAAUCGAUGGAAAACUUUGUGUUUUGUGUGGCAACUCGUAGGCAGGCUACUAAGAUGUUUAAGGAGCUGAAUGAUUUGAGUAAAUUCUGUUGUCUAGUCAAUAAGGCCGACGAAAAGUUCGGCAUUCCCGGGUUUGCCAUUUUAUCGGAAAUUUCCGAAGCUUCCACUAGCAUGCUAGACGGAAGGGUUGUUGCUGCGUUAAACAAAUACUCACACCUGAUCGACUAUAUCCACGUGUCGGAUCAAUACAGUGGCCCGAUCCAGCAGGAGGACCCGAAUCAGGUGAAGCGCCCCGACGUGAAGCGCAUCCUGCACUGCGGAUUCAACGUGCCGGUCAAGGGUGAUCUGGAGGAAAUGAAACCGCUGUUCAUACUGGUCCUCUACCUUAUGGAUCGUAUUAGGCGUUUCAAACUGUCCAAGGAGGGACGUGCCAAAUCAGACAAGAACCGUGCCACCGUGGAGGAGGAAUUCAUGAAGAACACUCAUCAGGCCCGCGCCGAAGCUGCUGCCCUGCGCCGGGAGGAAAAGCGCAAAGCGGAGAAGGAGAAAAUGCUCGCCGAAGAGGACCCCGAAAAGCAGCGCCGCUGGGAAAAGAAGGAACAGAAGCGCCAGCUGAAAAAGCAGGCCCCCAAGAUGAAGCAGCUUUCGAUUAAGGCCUUGUGAGAAGGCCAGACGCAUCUCUCCUCGGUGUGGUGUUCAUCGAUCGAUCGAUCGAUCCAGUUUCCUCAGUCGAUGGGGACGUUUUGUUUAGUUUUUUUCCCCCGUUUUUUGUAGUAAUGUUCUGUGUUCGGGUAGAUUGAAAAACGUUCUUUAAAUAACGAGAAACCAAAAGAUAAAUAAACAAAAUAAUCAUUUUAAUUCGAAAUGAUUGGAAGUGAGAAACAAA